ACGGGUCACGUUUGACAGAAUUUUGAAGUUUUCCACUUCUGGUUGAAAAUUGACGUCUAUUGGUAUAUUUUUCUCCCGUGUUUUCCCGGUAAUUAUGGAAAGUGGUGUAUUCGGUUUUAAUAGCAAACCAGUAUUUAAAAAUCAACCGAUUUUAUGCCCGUGGGUGUCACGUCAACCUCAUCCGUCAUCGCAGCUGAUCAAAAAUAAACUGUGCAGUUUAGAAAAGAGGCGCGAAUCGAUAUCAAAUCACGGAACGUCGAGGAAAUCAUUAAAUCCCACUACAGCUCCUACUGAAGAAGUCCACGCCAAGACCCCACGUUCAAACAACUCGCAUUUUUUUUAUUUCCUACGACUGAUGCAGCUUUUUCCUGAAACUCACCCAGCAACCCUACACGCAGUACUAACAGCAUGCAAAAGCAAUUUCUUUUACGCUAUCGAUAAGCUACUUUAUGCCCAAAAGUGCAAAACCGCUUUAACUAUACGGAGCAGGCCAGGGUUCAAGAAUAAAAUGAACCUUUCCAGGCCCAGACUUAAUUUAGCCUGUACUGCACCAAGAGGUCAGUUUGUAGCAAAAACAACCGCAGAAGUCUCUCAGAACCUGGUGGAUAAGCCGUUUGCCCAAGUGGUACCAAACAACAUCCAAGCACCUUCCGUUUGUAUAGAGUCUAAUGCUAAUCAAACAGAGCAACAAUCUUACAACAGUAGUAACAGUAUUAUUGAAAUAGUUUGCUACGAUAAUGAAUCAGUUGUUAAGCACAAUGAUUCCAUGGAAAUCGAAACUUUUAGCGAUAACCUUGAAAGUAUCGAGCCAACUAUCGGGGAAAAUAUGCCAGAGGUGAAUGAAGAUAAUGAUCCCCCAGUGAUAGUAGUGGAAACCAGUCAAGAGUCUGACGAAGUUAUUUGCAUUAAUAAUGGAGGUACGACAUUGGAAGCCAUAAGUAACCAGAGCAAUUCCGCUGAGAAGGCAAAUCUCACCGAUAUCACCGCCGUCAACGGAAAAGACCCAAUAGUGGAACUGGACUGAAUGAUUCCAUGUUAAAGCAUGUUCGUUGAUAAAAUCCCUCAUUCCAAUCCCGAUAAAGGUGCAAUCGUUGAUAAUUAAUUAUUGUUUUAUCGAAUGUGUUAAACGGUCGCACCAUUUGCAAAACAAAACCGUUCUGAUACCAAUAAAAGUUAUUUGAAAAUUA